AAACAAGAUGGCUGGCUGCUUGCAAGCAGAGUGAGGAGCAGCCCACACAGAGGCAGAUGGAGCAGUAUGCAAUUUUCUAGCAAGCACACACCCUUUCCCAAGCAGGCACCCAGCUAGCAGCUAACUCUGAAGUCCCCUGGAGCCUCUGAGGUAGCAGACAAGAGGACGUAACAUGUCUUUGCUCUGCGUUGGAGUUAAAAAAGCCAAGUUUGACGGGGCCCAAGAGAAGUUCAACACCUACGUGACGCUGAAGGUGCAGAAUGUCAAGAGUACGACCAUCGCGGUGCGGGGGAACCUGCCCUGCUGGGAGCAGGACUUCAUGUUUGAGAUUAACCGGCUGGACCUGGGGCUGACGGUGGAGGUGUGGAACAAGGGGCUGAUCUGGGACACCAUGGUGGGGACGGUGUGGAUCCCCCUGCAGACCAUCCGGCAGUCCAACGAGGAGGGCCCUGGGGAAUGGCUCACCCUCGACUCCCAGGUCAUCAUGACCGACAACGAGAUCUCUGGCACCAAGGACCCCACCUUCCACCGCAUCCUGUUGGACACCCACUUCGAGUUACCGCUCGACAUCCCCGAGGAGGAGGCCAGGUACUGGGCGAAGAAGCUGGAGCAGCUGAAUGCUAUGAAGGAUCAGGACGAUUACGAGUUCCAGGAGGAGCAGGACAAACCGCUCCCUGUGCCCGGCUCCCAGUGCUGCAACUGGAAUUAUUUUGGCUGGGGAGAGCAGCAGAAUGAUGACCCUGACAGCACCAUGGACGACCGGGACAGCGAUUACCGAAGCGAGACCAGUAAUAGCAUCCCACCUCCGUACUACACCACGUCCCAGCCCAAUGCCUCGGUCCACCAGUAUCCCAUGAGGCACCAGCAGCAGAGCUCCCGUGACUCGUACAUGGACUCCGUGCAGAGCUACAAGAUGGACUACUCGGAUCAGCGGCCCAUCAGACGCUACGAUAGCGUCGAUUCUGCCACAAACGGGCGCAGCGACGCUGAGUCCGCCUCCGAGUCGAGCAGGCGGACCAGCCGCCAGUUCUCCCUUGAGAGCAGGCGAUCCCUAGACCUAUCGGAUAGCCCCACCGGGAGCAGCCGCUACGCCUCGUCUGGGGAGCUGAGCCAGGGCAGCUCCCAGCUGAGCGACGACUUCGACCCCGACAACGAGAGCCUGCGGGGCUCGGAGCUGGACGAGCGGGACGGGGACUCCUACCACUCCUGCCACAGCUCCGUCAGCUACCACGACGACUCGCCCCGCUGGGAGGAGGACUUCUACCCCGAGGAGGAGGACGAGGACUACAGCGAGAACGAGCAGGACUACCCCAAGGUGGAGGCCGAGGUGCUGCGGGACCGGGAGGCGGACAAGGCCAAGCCCCCGGAGCGCGAGCCCUACCCGCAACCGCCCGUGAAGCAGCAAGUGUCCCUGCCGCAGGCGCAGCAGGUGCCAGCACUGAAGCAGCAGCAGGAGAGGAAGGAAGAGAAGGCGGCUUAUGUCCCCGAGGAAACUCCAGAGAUCCCCCAGGAAAAGCCAGCAGCGAAGGAGCCCCCAGUCCCAGAGAGAGCGCCGGAGCCCCCAAAGCCAGCAGAGGGUUACAGAGAGCAGGAGGACGUGGAAGUCCAGGACGCCAAGUCCCGAGCGAAGGCCAACUGGCUAAAAGCAUUCAACAAGGUUUGCAUGCAGCUGCAAGAGGCCCGGGGAGAAGGAUCUGGCGAGGCGAAGUCGCUGUGGUUUAAAGGCGGGCCUGGCGGCGGUCUGAUCAUUAUUGACAGCAUGCCCGACAUACGAAAGAGAAAGCCAAUCCCCCUAGUUAGCGAUUUGGCUAUGUCGCUGGUCCAGUCCAGGAAAGCCGGAAUCACGUCAGCACUAGCAUCAAGCACCUUAAACAAUGAAGAGCUAAAAAACCAUGUUUACAAGAAGACCCUUCAAGCCUUAAUCUACCCCAUCUCCUCCACGACCCCCCACAACUUCGAGGUGUGGACCGCCACCACCCCCACGUACUGCUACGAGUGCGAGGGGCUGCUGUGGGGCAUCGCCCGGCAGGGCAUGCGCUGUACAGAGUGUGGGGUGAAGUGCCAUGAGAAGUGCCAAGACCUGCUGAACGCAGACUGCCUACAAAGAGCGGCCGAGAAGAGCUCCAAGCACGGGGCGGAGGACCGGACCCAGAACAUCAUCAUGGUGCUGAAGGACCGCAUGAAAAUCCGGGAGCGGAACAAGCCGGAGAUCUUUGAGCUGAUCCAAGAGAUCUUUGCCGUCUCCAAAGCCACCCACACCCAGCAGAUGAAGGCCGUGAAGCAGAGCGUGCUGGAUGGCACCUCCAAGUGGUCAGCCAAGAUCAGCAUCACAGUUGUCUGUGCCCAGGGCCUGCAGGCAAAGGAUAAGACAGGCUCCAGUGACCCGUAUGUUACUGUCCAGGUUGGAAAGACGAAAAAAAGGACUAAAACAAUCUAUGGAAAUCUAAAUCCGGUCUGGGAGGAGAAUUUCCAUUUCGAAUGCCAUAACUCCUCCGAUCGGAUCAAGGUCCGGGUCUGGGACGAGGACGACGAUAUCAAGUCCCGUGUCAAGCAGCGCUUUAAGAGAGAAUCCGAUGACUUUCUGGGCCAGACGAUCAUAGAGGUCCGGACGCUGAGCGGGGAGAUGGAUGUCUGGUACAACCUAGACAAGCGGACGGACAAGUCGGCCGUGUCCGGGGCCAUCCGGCUGCACAUCAGCGUGGAGAUAAAGGGAGAGGAGAAGGUGGCACCGUACCAUGUGCAGUACACCUGCCUGCACGAGAACCUCUUCCACUUCGUGACGGACAUACAGAACAACGGGGUGGUGAAGAUCCCCGAGGCCAAGGGGGACGACGCCUGGAAGGUGUACUUCGACGAGACGGCUCAGGAGAUAGUGGACGAGUUCGCCAUGAGAUACGGGGUGGAGUCCAUCUACCAGGCCAUGACCCACUUUGCCUGCCUGUCCUCCAAAUACAUGUGUCCUGGAGUGCCGGCCGUGAUGAGCACCCUUCUAGCCAACAUCAACGCAUACUAUGCCCACACCACUGCCUCCACCAACGUGUCUGCCUCAGACCGCUUUGCUGCUUCCAAUUUCGGGGUAAGUCCUAUGAAAGAACGUUUCGUCAAGCUGCUGGACCAGCUGCACAACUCGCUCCGGAUUGACCUGUCCAUGUACCGGAACAACUUUCCUGCCAGCAGCCCGGAGAGGCUGCAGGAUCUCAAGUCGACAGUGGAUCUGUUAACUAGCAUCACCUUCUUCCGAAUGAAGGUGCAGGAGCUGCAGAGCCCGCCCCGGGCCAGCCAGGUGGUGAAGGACUGUGUGAAAGCCUGCCUCAACUCCACCUACGAGUACAUCUUCAACAACUGCCAUGAGCUGUACAGCCGCGAGUACCAGACCGACCCGACAAAGAAAGGCGAGGUCCCCCCCGAGGAGCAGGGGCCCAGCAUCAAGAACCUGGAUUUCUGGUCCAAACUCAUCACGCUGAUUGUUUCAAUUAUUGAAGAGGAUAAGAACUCAUACACACCCUGUUUGAACCAGUUCCCUCAGGAGCUGAACGUGGGUAAGAUCAGUGCCGAGGUGAUGUGGAAUCUCUUUGCUCAGGACAUGAAAUAUGCAAUGGAAGAGCAUGACAAGCAUCGCCUGUGUAAAAGUGCUGACUACAUGAACCUGCACUUCAAAGUGAAAUGGCUUUAUAACGAGUAUGUGACCGAGCUCCCUGCCUUCAAGAGCCGCGUCCCCGAAUACCCCGCCUGGUUUGAGCCUUUUGUUAUCCAGUGGCUGGAUGAAAAUGAGGAGGUGUCCCGGGAUUUCCUGCAUGGAGCGCUGGAGCGGGACAAGAAGGACGGGUUCCAGCAAACCUCUGAGCAUGCUCUCUUCUCCUGCUCCGUGGUGGACGUCUUCUCCCAGCUGAAUCAGAGCUUUGAGAUCAUCAAGAAGCUGGAGUGCCCCGACCCGCAGAUCGUCGGGCAUUACAUGCGGAGGUUUGCCAAGACCAUCAGCAACGUGCUGCUGCAAUACGCCGAGAUCAUCUCCAAGGAUUUCGCUUUGUACUGCUCCAAGGAGAAGGAGAAAGUGCCCUGUAUCCUGAUGAACAACAUCCAGCAGCUCCGUGUCCAGUUGGAGAAGAUGUUUGAAGCCAUGGGGGGGAAGGAGCUGGACGCCGAGGCCAGCGACAUUCUGAAGGAGCUGCAAGUGAAACUCAACAACGUCCUGGAUGAGCUCAGCAGAGUUUUUGCCACCAGUUUCCAGCCUCACAUUGAGGAGUGCGUAAAGCAGAUGGGUGACAUCCUGAGCCAGGUGAAGGGCACCGGGAACGUCCCCGCCAGCGCCUGCAGCAGCGUCGCUCAGGAUGCUGACAACGUCCUUCAGCCCAUCAUGGACCUUCUGGACAGCAACCUGACUCUCUUCGCCAAGAUCUGCGAGAAGACGGUGCUGAAGCGGGUGCUGAAGGAGCUCUGGAAGCUGGUGAUGAACACCAUGGAGAAGACCAUUGUCCUCCCGCCGCUCACCGACCAGACGAUGAUUGGGACGCUCUUGAGAAAACACGGCAAGGGGACAGAGAAGAGCAGGGUGAAGCUGCCCAGUCACACGGAUGGCACCCAGAUGAUCUUCAAUGCGGCCAAGGAGCUGGGGCAGCUGUCCAAACUGAAGGACCACAUGGUGCGUGAGGAGGCGAAGAGCCUGACCCCCAAGCAGUGCGCCGUGGUGGAGCUGGCCCUGGACACCAUCAAGCAAUAUUUCCAUGCGGGAGGUGUGGGGCUGAAGAAAACCUUCCUGGAGAAGAGCCCCGACCUGCAGUCGCUGCGUUAUGCCCUGUCUCUCUACACGCAGGCCACCGACCUGCUCAUCAAAACCUUCGUGCAGACUCAGUCAUCUCAGGUUCAUGGUGGAAAAGGUAUUAGGUUUACCCUUAGUGAAGAAAUUUAUCCUGAGAAGGGAGCUGGCGUGGAUGACCCGGUCGGGGAGGUGUCGAUCCACGUGGAGCUCUUCACUCACCCUGGCACCGGGGAACACAAAGUCACUGUCAAAGUCGUGGCUGCUAACGACCUCAAGUGGCAGACGUCAGGCAUCUUCCGGCCCUUCAUCGAGGUCAACAUCAUCGGGCCCCAUCUCAGCGACAAGAAGAGGAAAUUUGCCACCAAGUCCAAGAACAACAGCUGGGCCCCCAAAUACAAUGAAAGCUUCCAGUUCACCCUGAGCAGUGAGACGGGCCCCGAGUGCUACGAGGUGCAGGUGUGCGUCAAGGACUACUGCUUCGCCCGGGAGGACCGCACGGUGGGCAUCGCUGUGCUGCAGCUCAAGGACAUCAUGCAUCGGGGCAGCUGUGCCUGCUGGCUGCCCCUGGGCCGGCGCAUCCACAUGGAUGACACGGGCCUCACCGUCCUCCGCAUCCUCUCGCAGCGCAACAACGACGAGGUGGCCAAGGAGUUCGUGAAGCUCAAGUCAGACACGCGCUCAGCCGAGGAAGGCAGCAGUUAAGGGCCUGAGCAGGUGUAGAACAUCCCUAGCAUCACUCCCUUCCUGCCCCUUUUCUACAGCAUCCUCCAGCCACGUAAAAGCCAUACAGGUCAUCCACAGCCCCCCACACCAGGUAGGGAAGGGAGCUCCCCCUCUCUGGGAAGCCCUUGCCACAAGCAGGCGCCUGCUUCCCAGUGCCAAGGAUUGAAGCAGGCGCUCUGUGCCCCGGGCUGCAGCUUAAGGGCACUGCCCCCGCUGCGAUGGAGCAGGGAAGAUGCAGCCCCCAGGGAGCGCAAGCUGCUCACUCUUGGCAGGGGUGGCCUUAGCGCCUCGUCCCGAACCUGUUUCUGUCAUGACAGAUGCUGGGAGAGGCAGAAGCCAAGGCCUGAAGUGGCCCGUGAGGCAGGAGCAUUUGAACAAACGUCAGCCGCCCGGUAUGGCCACAAGGUGGGCACAGGGGGAAGCAAGGCUAGAUCCCAGCCCAUCUAGCACCCCCUCCAUUUGUCCCUGAGCUCCAGGAGAAUCACCCUAGCUGGUAGCAGUAUAGGGGAUAUGCCACAUUGUUGAGUAGGUUGAUUCCUUCCACCAGAAGGCAGCAUCAGAUGUCCAAACUGCCCUGUGCUCAUGGCAACCUCAUUCGGCAAUAGCGAUGAGCCAGGCAGCAAUGGGCACAGGGAGGUUGAGACGGGGCCUUGGGUUCUCCUCCAGGGCUCCCUUCAAGGAGCGUGACUGCUAAGGAUACACCUGGGCCAGCGUCAGCCUGCUCGGGCUGGUGGCUCUGGGAAUCCGCUGCCCCUCACGCCAUAGCUUGCCACAAGCUGAGUCAGCAAUAGCCAAGCCUGUGGCGUAGCCCCCAGGGCCUUGCAAUCCUGAGCAGGUGGCUCAGAGCAGCUUAGUCUGAGGCCAGGCAGUGGGGCUGGGGCCGCUUUUGUCCACCCAGGCCAGCAGCAGGAGGGUGCUAGUAGGAAAUCGGGGCAGGGGAGAUGUGAAUCUGCCACAGGGCUGCACACACGUGGGACGGUGUCUCACUAAAGAACCAGGAUCUCAGCUCUAACCUCCCUCCCCGGUGGGCUCAGAGACAGCAGGAGGCCAGUGCAGCUGGGAAGAGGCAGUGCCUUGCGCUGUUAGGAACUGGUCCUGCUCCCAGUUAUAAAUAGGAUCCUCCGGUGCAGCCGCAGAGCCAGCGUCCCUCCCAGGCAGCGCCUGCACUGGGACAGCGAUGUGGAAACCCCACCUCCCCCGCCCUCCCCGCAGGCAGCCCUUCCUGGGGGGCUGAAGUGGGGUAGCCUUCCUGGGAGAGAAGGAGCAGCAAAGGGGGGACUGGCACUUAUUGAGGCCUCAGGCUCAGGGGCCUGUCCUUGCCUUCCUGGGGGGAAGCAGGUGACUAAAUGACCGCCGGGUGCGGGCUGGGGGAGGCGAGAGGGAGUGAAAAUGUUGCUGCAGCCUGGGGGCAAGGUAGGUUGAGGCAGCAGGUGGGACAAGGGGAAACACUUGAGAAGGUUUGGUUGCUUUUCAGGAUAAAAGGCAAACUAUUUCUGUCCACCCCAGCCCUGCUUCCAACGAGGAGAGUGUCACAAGCCCAUGAUUCCUGCCUUGGCCUUGUGCUGAGUGUCCGGUGGGGCAGGGGCAGGACUCCCACACUGGCCCAGGGUGCUUGAAAAGCAGUGGGGCAAAGCUCCCUGCCUCUGCAAGAUGGUCCUUGGGGCCCUAAACCCUUCACUGCCCCCCAUCUGGGGGAGCUCCCAUCAGCCCCUGCUUGGCUGCAAGGGCCACUGGAGUUCAGCAGCAGGGCCUGUUCCCCAGCGAUGCUCCCAGAGUGUGGGGGGAGGUGUGGGCUUGAGCCCAGCUGUGCCCAGAGCCCCGUGAGCCGCUUUGCAUGGCUGGCUAAGCCAGGGCCCUGUGAGCCCUGCCCUGCCAGCUGGAGUGACAACCCUUCCUCUACCCAGGAGAGUGCCAAGGCUGUGGCCUUCCUGCAGGGACCACACCUCCCUCUUCCAUGCCUUACCACUGGAAACCUAAAGCUCAUCCCUUCCCAGCAGCCAGGAACCCGGCUACCUCAUGGGACCCCAUCCCCACCCCCACCUGCACUGCAGCCUCCAGCCCUCCCCUCCCUUCCCCCUGACACCGCUGGCCAGAGGGUCAGACGAGCUUUGCCCACUGUCCCUCCCAGCCGGGGAAGGGGCACAGCAGUGGGGCCAGGCCCAGGGGCAGCACUGCCUGAUUUAGCAGACCUGAGUGCAUGGGCCCCAUAGGGCAGGGUGUGCUCCGCUGGUUCCUAAAGCCAAACUCUUUGCCACAGCCCCAGCGGAGAGCUCUGGGGAAAGGGGUGCUCAGUGCUUAGAUGAUUUCAGGCCCCAAACCAAGUCUGCAGCCACCAUGCCCCUGCCACCGAAAGCCGAGAGCCUGGCCCAGCUCCAGGAAGGCUGGAUCCUGGAGGCAGAACAGCCUCACAUCAGGCCAGAGCAAGAGCUAACCCAGUUCAGGGCCCUGGUCCAGGGCUUGGGGCCAACCUCCAGUAUCUCUUACGUUCACUCCCAGCAGCCCCAGUGACUCAGCACCGCCCGGGCCCUGCUUAUGCAGUGAUGGCUCUGGCCACGUGCAGGAGCCAUGCCCCAGCACCCGCUGAUGAGGGGGUCCAAGUGACAGGAGGCUCCCCACCCACCCCCACUCAGGGCCUGAUUCAGACCAGGCACUGCAGGGCCCAUGCAGUGCAGCUAGGCCCAGGUAGAGAGGUAACAGCCUCUCGGCCCUGUCCGUGGCAUGCAACCUCCUACCUCCCCGCAGGCAGAACUAGGGACUCCACAGCCUCCACACAAAGGCCCCAGCACCCCCCUCCCUGCCCCACUAGGUACCAGCCUUGGCAGCCGGCGGGCUAUGGUUUGAGUUGCAGCAGGUGUCAUGGAGUCCCCGGGCGAUGCUCUGGAACUGCUCCCCGCCAAGCCACACAGG